AUGUCGGCCGACCGAGUUUUGCCAGUCGCAUUCUUCCUGCGAAGACCCGACGACGUCUCCCCGCCCGCGCUUUCCCCCGACCGAAGACCCAACCUUUCAGAGGCAGCGAAGGGGGCAAAAAGGACCAGCGAUAGGAUGGACUCGAUUGCGAAACUGCCGAAGAGGGGAAUCCGAGACACCUGCGCGCGGGUGGGAAAGAAUGCGCUCCGAGGGACAGGAUGGGGUUUGGCUAGGCUGGAGGAAAGCGCGAUUGCUCUUAAAUGGAACACACUCACCGUAUUGAAUGCCCUCUGGGGGAGGUAG